ACGCUUCAGUCCGUGGAAAACCUGCCGGGUCCAGAGUCCACGGAGGAUUUAAUCAUCUGUCACUUUACACACAGAGCUGAAGAGACUCGAUCCCGCAGAGUCCUGAUCCCGCAGAGGAAGCUGAUGCGCAAAGACCGUUGGUCAGCCAGAAAAAACAGAGACAGGCAUCAUGAGUGACCGCUUCGACUGCAAAAACUGCAACGAGUCCCUGUACGGGCGCAAGUACAUCCAGGUGGAGGACAGCCCUCACUGCGUUCCCUGCUACGACCGCCUGCACGCACACACCUGCCAGGAGUGCAAGGAACUCAUCGGCCACAACGCCAAGGAGCUCUUCUAUGAGAACAGACAUUACCACUCGCACUGCUUUCGCUGCUUCCGCUGCGACCGCUCUCUGGCCGACGAGCCCUUCACCAGCCAGGAAGGCGCGCUCGUGUGCAGCGACUGCUUCUGCAACGAGUUCUCCUCCAAGUGCGUGGCCUGCGACAAGACGGUGAUGCCAGGCUCCAAGCUGCUGGAGUACGGCGGCUCCACGUGGCACGAGGACUGUUUCACGUGUCACGGCUGCGAGAAGCCGAUCGGUGCCGAGGCUUUCAUCCCGGACAAAGACAACUACUACUGUGUGCCGUGCUACGAGGGCAGGAUGGCUCCUCGGUGCUACCACUGCAAGAAGGCGCUCACUAAAGGAGGAGUGACCUACAAGGAGCAGGUUUGGCACAAGGAGUGUUUCUCCUGCACCGGCUGCAAAGCUCAGCUGGCCGGUCAGCCCUUCACCUCUCAGGGCGAGAGUCCGUACUGUGUCAAGUGCUUCAGCAGCCUCUACGCCAAGAAGUGUGCCGGCUGCAACACGGCCAUCACGGGGUUCGGGGAUGGGAAGUACAUCUCCUUCGAGGACCGGCAGUGGCACCAGCCAUGCUUCAAGUGCUCGCGCUGCUCCGUGUCGCUGGUGGGCUCCGGCUUCUUCCCCGACCGCGGCCAGAUUCUGUGUGCGGACUGCAACAACGACGACUGACCCGCGGGCGGCUUACUGGUCCCACAGCAGCCAGACAUCGAACUCUGCUGGCACCAGCGGAGAAACGCCUGAACCUCAGCUUUGCACAUGAACACUGCAACUCACUCACAGCCAAACGGUGACGCGGAGCUCGGUAUUCACGACUCAGAACUCAGACUUUAGCACGUUCAAAUGUUUUCUGUCCUGUGAUACAGUAAAUAUGUUUUGCACAUCAAAUAAUGAAUAAAAUAUAAAAAACAUGCUAUUGAAUGGAACUGUUUAAUUAUGCAUAAAGCUAAUAACUCACUCUUUUAUACUAUUUGAAACAGUAAUUAGACAAAAGCUAAAGUUUCAAACAUUGUAUUGCCAUUUAUA